AUGGCUACUUUUCUUUUAUUUGCGUUUGUUUUUGCCAGUCAAGUGAUUGGUGGAUUCAAUACAAAGCUACCACCUCCAUCGUCAUAUGGAAAUACAAUAACCAUUCUCAGCAUUGAUGGAGGUGGCAUUAAGGGGAUUGUUCCUAGUGUUGUUCUUGGGCACUUGGAAAAGGCUCUUAAGUUUGAGUCAAACGAUGAAAAAGCUGCACUUGCAGAUUAUUUUGACGUGAUAGCAGCCAGCGGUUGGAAUCAGACUACCCAGGGUCCGCAGUUUAAUGGCAGGUUCUUACAUGCUAAAGCACGUGAAAUAUUGGGAGAAACACGAUUGAGUGAUGCAUUGACCAAUCUUGUAAUCCCAACCUUUGAUAUCCAGAAAGUUCACCCAAUUAUUUUUUCAAGCUUUAAGUUGGAUGAUGUUCCUAGCCUAGAUGUAAAAUUGUCGGAUAUAUCAAUUGGAACUUCAGCUGCACCAUCUCUACUACCACCUUAUUACUUUAAGGAUGGUGAUAAUGAAUUCCAUUUAGUUGAUGGUGGUAUAGCCGCGGGCAGUCCGUCAUUGGUUGCGGUGAGUGAAGUGGUACAAGAAUUGAAUGAGAAGAUUUCUCAUUUCAUUCCUGUGAAUCCAAACAAACCUAUCAAAGUGGUGUUGUUAUCAUUAGGAUGUGGAAGAGUGGAGCCAGCUCUACUCAUGAUCACAACAAGAGCCUACAGUUACAUGGGCCGAUAAGAUAACUACGGAAUUGGCUUGUUCAAAAAAACUACGGAAUUGUAACACAGAUUAUGAGACAUAAGGUUGUCAAAUAGCGGCCAUGGCAGAUAGCACUUGCAGAUUUUUCUCCAGCCGCAAUGGCCAAUUUGUGAAGAAUGGCGACACCAUGGCAUUUAAUGGCUGAAAUGGCUUAGAAUGGCAGACUCUUUGCCUUAUGCCAUAUGUAAUCAAUAACCCUGCAUACUCUUGAAGUAAUGCUCAAAAUGUAAAGAUCUACAUUCACCAUUGCAAAUUAAAGUUUUAGUGCCAUGAGAAGAGUUGAUACAUACUUAUUUGCAUCUAGAUAAGAACUAGACAUGCAAAACAAAUGACUGUGGACAAACUG